AUGACACUACUAGUACUGCCAAGACAUCGUUCGGCCAUUUUCUGUAGUUUUCUAUUCGUUUUGUCUUCCUUAUCAAGUGCCGUGACUGCAUUAUCCCUUCCAUCGACAUUCUUGGUGGAGGCUGCUCCUUGUUGUUUGGAUCGUCGCACCGCCAUUUUGGAAUCCUCCUCUUCCCUACUAGCAGCAACAGCACUACUGGCAUUAGACGAUCCAACGACGUCUACAGAAUCCAGUAAUAAUAAUAAUUUUAAUAAGCUUCCUCUUGAAGUCGUCAACGAUCCUGACUCCUACUCGGCUCUAGCCUAUGGUGGUGGUUCUACCAAUGAUGAUGAUGCCAAGAUGAGGAAUGGUGCAGCUAACAAUAAUAACAAUAAGAGACCACCACCACCAUUGAUCUUGGUCCUGCAUGGUGCCGGCAAGAACGAUUUGGAUAUUUUGUCAGAUUUGGGAGACCCUCGAGGGGAACAUGCGGGCCUCAUUCCCAGUUUGAUUGCAUCCGGACAAGCUCCAUCGAUGCUACUGAAUAAUUUCGCAAUCUUGGCUCCUUAUUCGCAAGGAAAGGUCAGCUUGUAUCAAGACUCUCGAUCCAAAGUCUUGCAAUUUGUGGAUUGGGCCAUUCAGAAUCAAGGUACUAGCAAAUGUCCCAUUAGGUUUGAUCCCAAACGCAUUAUACUCUUUGGAUUUUCCGAUGGUGCCACGGUGGCUGUGGAACUCCUGACCACAUCUCGGUUUGCAGGUGGAGUCAUUUGCAGUUAUGGGUACAAUGGCCCAUCCUUGCCCAGCCGGGCACUGGAACGAUUGACGAACAAACCCCUAUGGGUCUUUCAUUCGGCGGACGAUGUCAUUUUUGAUGUGACCAAUAGUGAUCGAUUGGUGGAACAACUGCGUGCUGUCAAUAAUCAUUCAAGAGGCAGCGAUAGUACUACUGCUAGCAUCAUCAAGUACUCCCGAUAUGAUAGGGACCCCGAAAACUUGCCUCCUCGAGUGCGAGGUCACAGCAUGGGAAUCACUGCAUCCAAGCAGGUUGAAGUAUACGAUUGGAUGCUACAGUUGCCACCCAUUGCCUAA